AUGUCCUGGUUCCAACAGCCCCCAUUCCAGAAGUUCGUUGACAUCAACGUUGCCGACGCAAACAAAGAGUGUCCGGAAACUUGCCCUGCUCCUGCUUCAUCUGAAGGCUUAGAGAUCCACUGUGGGCCCAUCAUUCGUCUCUGUGGCUCGUGGGAACAGAAGCUGCCCAACUACAGAGCGUCCAUUUUGCUUGUGACCAAGGGAGAAACUCAGCCUGAAAUCUCGUACGCAAUUGGACCUGCAAGUGAAAGUUUGGCUCCUCAGGGCUGGAAAGCUCCCGUCGAGGGCACGUUUCCUGUGGUCAAUUUCCAUACCGAGGAGCAGUUCCAGUUCUGGCGCUUCAACGUAAAAUUUGACCUCGAGCCCUAUGAACAGUUGGUGCGUUAUUCUGUCAAUGGCCAGAAGAACGACGCCCACUUUUUCUUCAUUCCUGCUGCCGAGGCGUCCAUGAACGUCAUGUCGUUUUCGUGUAACGGUUUCUCUCUUUCUACAGACACUUCCAGCUUCAAGCUGUCGCUCUGGCUCGACGUUUUGCGUAAACAUCAUCAGCAGCAGCACUACCAUGUCAUGCUUGGUGGAGGCGACCAAAUCUACUGUGACUCCAUCAAACUUCACGUGCAGCUGAUCCAGGAAUGGCUUAAUGAGACCACCGCCUCCAGAAAAAGAAAGAUCCAGGCCACGCCUGAGAUGGCCGACGAGAUGGGCAGCUACUACUUGCACGCCUACUUGGAGUGGUUUGGUCAGGGCUACUGGAAGGGCACCAACGGAGGCACCCACCAGACGUUGUUUCCGUUGGCCAUGUCCCAGAUUCCGUCAGUGAACAUUUUUGACGACCACGAUAUCAUCGAUGGCUUUGGCUCCUACAAGGAUAGAACUAUGGCGUCUCAGGUUUUCUCGACAAUCGGCAAUGUCGCCUACAAAUACUACAUGCUCUUCCAACACCACAUGCUGGUUGACGAAGAAGCGUGCCACCUGGAUCCAUCGUGGAUUUUGCUGAAGAAGCCAGGCAAGUUCAUCAAACAGAGAAACCACUCGUUGUUCAUGAGACUCGGCAAGGAGAUUUCUCUUUUGGGGAUGGACUGCCGUACUGAAAGAAGGUUGACGCAGAUUAUCGAUCCCGAUACGUACAAUGUCAUAUUCAAGCGGCUCCAGGACGAGAUCUCGCAAACUCCAGAAACAAGGCACCUUCUAGUGAUGCUUGGUGUGCCAAUAUUGUACCCACGAAUGGUGUGGCUCGAGUGGCUCUUGACGCUGCGGAUUUUGAAACCUAUCCGUGGCUUGGCCACGCGUGGGUUGGUGGCAAAGGGCUUGGUCAACGAGUUCGAUGGAUCUGUGGAGGUGUUGGACGACUUAAACGACCACUGGUGCUCGAAACACCACAAGCGGGAAAGAAACGCCUUGGUGAAGCGGUUGAUCGACUUUGGCGCCACCAACGGUGUGCGUGUGACAAUUCUCUCUGGAGAUGUUCACUUGGGAUGCAUCGGUCGAAUCAAGACGAAAUUGCACCACCAUCCAAACGCUCAUGUUCGUACCGACGUCGAGAAAGAAAAUCAGAGAGUCACCGACACACCGCAGAACGACCCACGGUUGAUUUUCAAUAUCAUCUCGUCCGCCAUAGUCAACGCUCCGCCUCCCGACGUGAUGCCAACGUUGCUUGGGAGACAGAAUAAGGUGCACAAGUUCGACUCCAACACCGCCGAGGACAUUGUGCCGAUUUUCAACACAAACCCUGAUGGAACACCUCGCGAUAACCCAUUCUUCCUCAACAAGAGAAACUGGAGUGACUUGAUUUUGGUGAAGCAGUCGCCUCUCUAUGCUGAUGCUGUCAACUCGGGCGAGUCUAAGUUUCCAUGCUCGAAUCAGGACAACGACAAGGAGGUGUUGGCUGACCAGGAAAUCGACGAACAACACAUCAAGUACCCAAUUUUAGAAAACAGUUUAGUGACGACCUUGUAUGUGGAGAACGAUGGCAACGACCUCGAGGCCACCACUGCCGGAUACGAGGUGAUGAUUCCCGAUUUACAGGGUAAGUUCAAGUUGCAGAAAACUCACAUCAAGCACUUGAGUUAG